UUGGUCUGUGUCAGAUGUUCUAUAUGUGUGCACAGGCUGGUCGGCGUUUAGGUCACUCAGCAGUUCGUAGGUCAGUGUUGUGCAUCAUAAAGAGGAUGGGUGGCACAGGAAGUGAUGGCAUACACUGGGGGUCCAGACGGGAAGUUGAAGGGUGGGCCGGAGACAAAGCAGAGAGCGGCGGCUCUGAGCUAGAGCGACGGCAGAGACAGGUGUUGGACUAAAUCUGUGGCCUUUGUGAUGAUGCAUUACACCGUCGCUACGUCCAGUAAAGACUCCCAGAGGUCACACCUGUCCUCCUUCACCAUGAAGCUGAUGGAUAAGUUCCAUUCGCCCAAGAUCAAGCGCACGCCUUCCAAGAAGGGCAAGCAGCACCAGCCGGAGCCGGCCGUCAAAAGCACGGAGAAACCAGUCAACAGGAAGGUGAGCCGAUUGGAGGAGCAGGAGAAGGAGGUGGUGAGCGCGCUGCGGUAUUUUAAAACCAUCGUGGACAAAAUGGCAGUGGAUUCCAAAGUGCUGCAGAUGCUGCCAGGAUCCGCCAGCAAAGUUCUGGAGGCCAUUCUGCCUCUCGUGCAGGUGGAGGCAAGGAUCCAGCACAGCUCGGCCAUAGCCUCCUGUCAUAAUCGAGUGUAUCAGAGUUUGGCUAAUCUCAUCCGCUGGUCUGACCAGGUGAUGCUGGAAGGCAUCGACCUUGACGACAAGGACACUGUGACAACCGUUACCACGGUGAUAAAGGCGGUGCUGGAUGGUGUGAAAGAGUUGGUGAAACUGACUAUAGAGAAACAAGAGCAGCCAUCUCCAACUUCUCCCAGCAAGCCAGUGCCCCCUGUGGCCAAAACAGAGAGUGAGUGUGAAAUGCCUCUAACAGAGCGGGAGAAGGAAAUCUUGAACAAGACCACGCCCAUUGCCACUCCCACAGACAGUUUGACAGACAUUUCCGAGGAGGAAGUGGCUCCGCCCAAGCCUCCGCUUCCAGGGCUGAAGUUGGCAGAACACAGGAGCAGGAUGCAGUUGUGCUCCGAUCCUGUUGCCGGGCAGUGGAGGGCGGCGGUGAUGGAAACCCCACCCGCUCUGCCUCCAAAGAAGCGCCAGUCCGCGCAUUCUCCCACCCGAGUUGCCAUCGUAGCGCCUAUGAGCAGGACCAACUGUGGCCUCAACCUGCCCCCUGGAGCGCUUAAACAGCAGCAGGAGUACGAAGUGGACCUCCACCACAGACGCUUUUCUGGCGGCAGCCAGUCGUACGGUGGGGAUUCGCCCCGCCUCUCACCCUGCAGCAGCAUGGGAAAGCUGAGCAAGUCGGACGAGCAGCUUUCAUCCCUGGAGAGAGACAGCGGCCAGUGCUCACGCAACACCAGCUGCGAAACACUCGAUAACACAGAAGGAUACGAUCCUGACUACGACUUCCUCCAUCAGGAUCUCUCCGUGUCCGAGCCUUUACCGUUUCCCACAGUUCACAGCGGCUGCCUUAGUCCUCUCCCCGAAAGCCUCAGUGAAUCUCCGUCCCCUGGCCCCACCCACCCCCGGUUCAGCGCCCCCCUGAGCAGCCAGAGCUCUCUGGAUCACUGGACUCCGCCCUCCACUGCUGGAGCAUCCAAUGGGGAGCAGCCCCCCGCCCUGCCGCAGAAGAAGCGGCGCUCUGUUCCAAUCCUCUCGUCCUGUCCUCUGUACGAACGUCUUCCCUCGCAUUACGACAACUUACAGGAGGAGGACACGCCCACACCGCCGUUUCCAUUGGUAACGCCUGUGUCUCCUGGGCUGCAGUGUAACGGGAGCGAAGCCGAGACUCCGAGCGUCUUCAGUGACAGCCCACCACCCCUACCGGAGAAAAAGAGCAAAACCAUCCUGCAGUACAUGCAGUUCGUGGAGGAUUACUCGGAGCCACAGCCGUCGGUCUUCUACCAGACCCCUCAGAGCGAGCGCAUCUACGAGCAGCGGCGGAACAAACACUUCCAGGAGGUUUACGGCAUCCACGAGUCUUACAGCAGCUCGGAUUCAGUCCACGAGCCCGCACCACCCCCAGCCCUGCCCCCAAAACAGAGACAGCUGGCGUCUCACUCGUCCUCUCCUUCCUCCUCUUCCUCCUCUUCCCUUUCUCUUCUCCCUCCAUCCGCUGGUGUUCCGGAGGAGGCGGAGUCUGCUCUUGGUCUCAGCCUGUCUGUGUCUAACUCCUUCCUUAGUGGCCACGCCUCUCUGACCACACCCAUGAGCGAGAGUGCCAAUGAUGAAGGUGGAGAGGGAGAGUAUGUGAACCUGUACUCCGCCACUCAGGCCAACGGAGACGCUACACACCACUCAGACGCGCCCGCACACUGUGAUGAUGUCGUUAUUCAGGACCCUGCCCCCCACAUACCCCCGUCCAAUAGCAAGGAGGCUUUAGCCAAAGACAGGUUGAAGUCGACAGACUCGGGCCACGUUAAAGAGGACGUUGAUGAACUGACUCUAGUGGAUCACAAAGAGAUCAUGAAUCGCAUCACUCUUAAAACAGAGGGCGAUGAUGGGCCUGAUGUUAGAGCCGGCUCCAGCGACAUUCUGUUAGUCCACGCCACCGAAACGGACCGCAAAGAUUUGGUGUUGUACUGUGAAGCCUUUCUGACUACAUACAGAACCUUCAUCACACCUGAAGACCUCAUCAAGAAACUACACUACAGAUACACUCACUUCUGCCACAGCCCAGACACGUUUAAGAAGCGCGUCAGUAAGAACACGUUCUUCGUGCUGGUGAGGGUGGUGGACGAGCUCUGUCUGGUGGAGCUGACGGAGGACAUCCUGAGGCAGCUGAUGGAGCUGGUGUUCCGGCUGGUGUGUAACGGAGAACUCAGCCUGGCUCGGGUUCUCCGCAAGAACAUUCUAGAUAAAGUGGAACAGAAGAGACUACUGCGACACACACACAUCCUCAAACCGCUCGCCGCACGAGGGGUCUCAGCCAGACCCGGGACGCUGCAUGACUUCCGCAGCCAUGAGAUCGCCGACCAGCUCACGCUACUGGACGCUGAGCUCUUCUACAAGAUCGAGAUUCCAGAGGUGCUUCUGUGGGCGAAGGAGCAGAAUGAGGAGAAGAGUCCCAAUCUGACUCAGUUUACAGAGCACUUUAACAACAUGAGCUACUGGGUGCGCUCUAUAAUCAUCCAGCAGGAGAAAGCUCAGGACAGGGAGAAGCUUCUGCUCAAGUUCAUUAAGAUCAUGAAGCACCUGCGGAAGCUGAAUAACUUCAACUCGUAUUUGGCCAUUCUGUCGGCUCUGGACUCUGCACCCAUCAGGAGGCUUGAGUGGCAGAAGCAGACGUCAGAGGGUUUGGAGGAGUACUGUACGCUGAUCGACAGCUCGUCCUCUUUCCGAGCGUACAGAGCAGCACUGGCUGACGUGGAGCCUCCCUGCAUCCCGUACCUGGGGUUGAUCCUGCAGGACCUGACGUUCGUCCACCUGGGGAAUCCAGACCUGAUUGACGGGAAGGUGAAUUUCUCCAAGCGCUGGCAGCAGUUCAACAUCCUGGACAGCAUGAGACGCUUCCAGCAAGUACACUACGAGCUGAAGCGGAACGAGGACAUCAUCUCCUUCUUCAAUGACUUCAGCGAUCACCUGGCCGAGGAGGCGCUGUGGGAGCUCUCGUUAAAGAUCAAACCGCGGAACAUCACGCGGCGUAAAACGGAGCGCGAGGAGAAAACUUAGAGGAGAAAAACGGUGUGCUAGAACCUUUGAGCGAACUGAGAGAACAGCAGCUAGAGAGAACUUUUCAGUGGACAUAAAAAGUAAACCUAAAAAAGACUGAUGCAAAUGCAAUAUUCUCUCCCAAGAGGAGAAGCUGAACCCAAUCCAGAUAUAUGCACACACGCACAGUGUAAGACGUAACUUGUAUAUGCGCAUUAUUUGUGUGUUUGUGAGGGGAAGAUGCAGCAGUUCAGGAGGGUUCAGUCAACCUCUGUCACUGCAUCAGCGAUGAACACUUGCACUCAUACAGACCCAAACCAGUGGACUUAAAACGGGCCGAACGGACAGAACGUUUUGCCCGCCGGACGACUGCUGGGAUUCGGGACUUCUUGUUCGAUAUGAUGCAUCGGGAAAUGAGGAAAGACUUUGAACUCAUGUGGGAGUGACUGAGCCUUUGGGUUAAACUGGAUUCUGUUUUUCCGCCUGUCUAAAUUUCCGGUCUCCGGCCCCGUGGCUGCUGGUCUCACCAGCUUUGGGCUCCGGUGACGUUCGCUGAAGCGCUCGAUGUCGUCACGUCAGAUCCACAAGGGUGCACGGCUCCAAACGCUAAAGGGAGGGCACUUGAGCUCGACUCACUUCCAUGGUUGACCUGACCCGAAAAUCUGUGCAACAAGAAGCUGUGCUGCUAAUUCUGACCAACAGCAACGGCCAAAUUAGACCCGACUGCCCUGUGGACUUUCUUAGAAACGUCCAAGUCCGGAGAUUUAGUUGUGGCAUUUGUGUGUGUGUGUGUGUGCGAGUGACCUCCGAUGACCGUUUACCGCGUCUCCAUCCCCUCACUGCGCCAGACCAGACUGUGAUGUCUCAAGGGGUCUGGGACGGUUCAGAGUUGCCAGGCAACACUUUUGAGCGGCAGUUGGGGUGAUUUUAAUUCCUUCGUGUAUGAUAACGUUAUGUAUGAUAAGUGUAUGAUGAUGUACAGCUCUGACGUGUAUUCUCUGCAUAUAUAGUUAAGCAGUUAUGAGGAGAGAACAGUUUUUUGUUUUUUUUUUGUAUCUCAAACCAAACAAUUUAUGCACUAAAAAAAAGAGAAAACAACAAAAAGCAAAAACACUAGGACUGACGAUGCUGUGAUCUCUGUAAACGUGUUCCAGUGCCAGUAUGUGUGGGUGCACAAGGCGUCGUGUUGUUUGUGAAUGAUGUUGCCGAGAGAACCUGAGGUCACGUGUGUGUGUGUGUGUGUGUGUGUGUGUGUUGUGGCGUUGCUGUUUACUGACUCCUGGGAAAUUCUUUUGUGUUACACAUCACAUAUUGUGCUUUCAUCCACCAAUAAAAACUGCUCUUUCUAUAUAUG